AGCAUUUCGUUAGACCUGUGAGAAAUGUUUGAGCAGCACGUAGCAGCUUCCCCCAAAACUGGGUAACUGAGUUGAAUGAAGUCGAUUGGUGUUUCAGAUGUAUUAGUAAUCAGUGGCGGAAUAAGUGGCCGAGUAUACGCUACAUUUCUCGCAGAUAUCCAAGUAUAAGUUUAUCCCGAACAAUGGCUGACUCUACUGAAAGCAUGGACUACAAAUUCGCAACAAGUACCACGAUGCAUGGAGUUGCCAGGGUCGCAGAAAACAGUCGGUUAAGUGUACGCGUGAUUUGGAUUAUCAUUGUGUUGGCAUGUAUUGGGGUUUGUGUGUGGCAAAUCUCUUUACGAUUUAUCAACUAUAUGGAGUAUAACACCAAUACAGAAAUUUCAAUCAAUUAUCCAGGCCGGUUGGAGUUCCCAGCAGUCACAUUUUGCAAUUUUAACAGGUAUACUUAUUCACUUCUUAACAAAUAUGUGAACAAUAGCUGGAACAUUUUACUGUAUCUCCAGUUAGCUAACACCCAACAACCCGUCUAUCACACUGAAAUGCUGCAACAUUAUGGAAUUACACUAGAGCUACUACAAAGAGAUUUGGAACGUAAAUUCCCGGAUGGACUUGACGUGGAAAACUUUACCAGAGCCAUUGGCUGGCAGUUAAACGACUUUACAUUACCAUUGUGUCAGUGGAGAGGACAUAAAUGUUUUCCACAGAAUUUUACUCAUACAUUUACACGAUUUGGAAACUGCUAUACGUUCAAUGGUGGAGAUGAAUAUAUAGAUCAAAGAAUCCCAGGGGCUGGACAUGGUUUGUCAGUAGUACUGAAUAUACAACAGAGUGAAUAUACAGAGAGUCUUUACGGUAAUAUCGAAGCAGGAAUCAAAUUCUUGGUACAUCCGAAAGAGGAACCUCCACAAAUAGGGUCACAGGGAUAUGCAUUACAGCCAGGAACCCGGGCAUUUGCAGAUAUUAGACAAGUCAGGUAUAUUUCCUUAGAACCACCAUGGGGUCAGUGUGACAACAAUGCAGCUCUCGACUAUUUUACUUCCUACAGUCUUUCUGGUUGUUCAUUGGAGUAUUUGAAAAAUCUUAUUUACAAGGAUUGUGGAUGCCGCCCUCUAUUUAUACCGGGCAAUGAACCAGUCUGCUCUCUGAACCAGAGUUCAACAUGUGUUCAACAAAUAUCCGCUGAAUGGGCGUCAAACGCCCCGGAACUUCCUUGUACAGUGCCGUGCAAUUAUACACUGUAUCCCACGUCCUUAUCGUAUACAACGUUUCCCAGUACUAACGUCGCUGAACAAUUUGAAAUUUUACUUGACAUAACAUUGGAAGAUAUGAGAGAAAAUUAUGUAUAUCUUGAUGUAUAUUAUUCUCAAAUACAAUAUGAGCAAUAUAAACAGACAAAGGCGAUGACGUCAUCGGCUCUUCUCAGUGAUGUUGGUGGACAGUUUGGACUAUUUAUUGGAAUUAGCGUUAUCACAUUCGUUGAAAUAAUAGAGUACAUUGCUAAGAAAAUAACAAGAAAAUGCUGCCGCGCAGAAAAAUCUAUGAAGGUGAACUCAUACAAUGGUGAGCCUCACUCAACACGAAACUGAAUAGUUGUUCCGCCCUGGCGUUACUUUGGGGGGCUUGUCCUCAUGGGUGCGCCAUGCAACCGAAUUUUCAAUAGAUUACGACACACCUUGUAUGGCAUGUUCAGUGUUUUUGAAACAGUCUAUAGAUGUUAACAGAGCUGUGUGUGGGGUACAUACAAGGUCUCACUGAAAACGAACACCUCCUCAUUCACGGACGUUAUGUUAUAAUGUAGGUUACUAGACAUGACCACUCCAUUCAAAUUGUUCGUAUGAGUUAACGCAAGGGCACAGACAAAUUUUAAAUUCUGGUCGAUGAUUAAUUUUAUUCUAUUAAUAUGCAAAUGUCGGCAUAUGCUUUCUCGCCACGGUGUUUUGUCGUUGUAUUAAUGACGGGGAUGUAUUUUAACACUGAUAAAAAAGUGAAAUAAGUGUAACUAUUGGUGACGUCACGCAUGUUCAUGAAAUAAUACAAUUGAAGGUAUCAUUAUCCAAAUAAUAAACAUAACAUUCAACAAUAAUUACGUAUUGUCAAAAUGUUAUGCAACGACAGUUAAGCUAUAAAAUGAUCUUAUUUUCUACAUUCAAAAGAAAUAUUAUUCAGCAAGAUUGUAACCACAAUCUGAGCUAAUUGUAUAUUGUACUUACAAUGCAUAAUUAUAAUGCCAGAAAUGGUAACUCAAAAAUGUUUUAAGUUAUGAAAAUAUAUUGAAUGUUUCAUAAAAACAACAUCUUUGGUUAAAGAUAAUAAAAAUAUAUGUU